AUGGCUCCUCUUCGUGCCUACUAUCUUAACAAGGAGGCGGUGACGAUUUUGCUGCACAAGGUAGGUGACAAGGAGCAGCUAAAUAAUUACCGGCCGAUCACGCUGUUGAACUUUGCGUACAAGGUGCUUGCUCGGGUUGUCGCGGAUCGGAUGAAGUCGGUUCUGCAUAUGGUUAUCUCACCGGAGCAGUAUGGCUUCAUCCCGGGAAGGCGCUUGUCGGAUGCGGUCGCCCUGGUGGCAGACAUAAUCGAGGGUGCGAAAAGCGAUAAGGACGACUGUCAUAUGCUCCUGGUGGAUUUUCAGAAAGCCUUUGACUCGGUUUCAAGGGACUUUCUGUUCCAGGUGCUGGAGUCAAUGGGCUUUCCGGAGCGGUUUGUUGGUUGGGUUAAAGGCCUGCAUGAGGGUACAACAACGAAGCUGUUAAUAAAUGGCUGGCUCGGUGAAGGUGCUGACGUGGUGUCGGGGGUGAGACAAGGCUGCCCCCUGGCGCCUUACCUCUUUCUGUGUGCGGUGGAGCCGCUGGCUCUGGAGGUGGAACGGAAGGAGCUUGGUCUGGAGAAGGACGGACACCGGCUAGGAUAUCUUGGUUACGCGGAUGAUACGACGCUGGUCCUGCAAGGGGAAGCGCAAAUUGGUCAGGCAGAGGAAAUUCUGGAUCACUUCGAAAAGGUUUCGGGGUUGGCGACAAACAAAGAUAAAUCGGUGGUCUUACCUUUGGGCGCUGGCAUCGGCGCAACUGGGGGAGGCAGCUUCAAGUUGGCUGGCGCGGAUGAAGUAGAGCGGUUGCUAGGUAUUUGGGUGACGCCGUCUGGAAGUGGCAGGCCGACUUGGGAGAAGGCGUGGAGCCGCAUCUCGAAGAAGCUCACUAAGUGGCAGCUGAAAUACCUGACAAUCACAGCGAGAGCAACGGUGGUUUUCUACAUCACGCCUAUCCUCGCCUUUCAGGCGCAGAUCUUUCCGCCGCCUGCAGAUAUCUGGCUGGAAAUCAUGCGGCUGAUACACAGCUUUACCUCGGGUAACAGAGUGGCGACGGCGAAAGGCUUUGCACUGUGGAGCAGAGAGCUGCUGUUCACCCCGAGGCUGGACGGAGGCAUUGGUGUCAGGGACCCGGAAAUCCUCAUCACCCGCUUGGCGGCAAGGAGGGUGAGACUUUUCAUAACGGAGAAAAACCCACUCAAGCGAGAUCUCAUGGAGCGGGCCGCGAAGCUUCCGUUGGGGUUGGACUCGUUCACUGCACACACAAAGCUGUUGAAGCACUGGGAGAACGGCAGCGCUCGGUGGAAGCAGACAGUGGAGAUUUUGAUGCACUCUCCCUUCUCUGUCAAGAACCUGGUGGGGAGCAGGGAGGAGGUGCUUCGGGAGAGACUGGUCUUUAAUGCUGACAUACUUCUCAACGGCACCACUAACCCACUGGGGGGGCAGAAAGAUGCUCAGGGUAUGACGAAACUUAGAAUCGGAGAUCUGAUUGAAGGAGAGGAGAACAGUGCGGUGUUAGUAAAAUCCAUGGAAGUGCUAAAGCAGGAACUUGGCGGUAACGGGCCUGCGAAGCUGGCGAUGAAGGCGCUGUUAGCUCUCCCGUCUUACUGGCACAGAUUGCUCGGAUUUCCAACAGUGCCUCCGCAGUCGGCUGGAUCUUCCCCACGGAUACCAAUUCUGGAAGGGGAGCGGACCACAGGUGGCUUCGCGCUUCCGCACUCUCCCCCUCGCCAUUCGCGCCGCGCGCUGCUCCGCCAUCGGCGGCAGCGAUGCAUGGUUCUGCUGGUGGUCGCGUGCGUGCUCGUCGUCAUGCUGCUCUUCGUCUCCCUCCACCUGCCGUCCGUAGAUUCGCUCCUGCCACGUGGCAAGCAGGCAACUCCUUCGCCCGUGGCCCCUCAAUCCGCACAGAAAGCUAGCAGCGUCGCAAACAACGGUUCACAGCCAUCCAUCCGCGUGGCCCUCGCCACUCUCCGCGCCGAUCCGACGUGGCAGCAGCUGCUGGAUCCCGACUCCGCGGUGCGCCAGCUCAGCGACCAGAUCAGCCUGGGCAAGGCGUAUCUGUCGCGCGCGCGGGAUGCGGGGGAGAGGGAGUUUGGCGACGAGAUGGAGCGUGGCGUGCGAGCCGCGGAGGCGUUUCUAGCUCGCUCCAUCGCUAUUACCAGAGCGGCGGCAAUGGCAGCGCUGAAAGAGAAAGUGGCCAAGGCAGAAGAGAAGGCCUCCAAGGCAUCAGCUCAAGCCACUCUCGCCUCUCAGGUGGUAUCAGAGUCCAUGCCAAAGCCCAUGACGUGCCUGUACAUGCGUCUGGCACGGGAGUGGGCUCUGCAGCGCUCCUCUGCUGCGCACAAACGGGCGGACGCCGACACUCACCCCUUUCAAAUACACCACGGCCUGCCCCCAGGCACGCCCAACAACUCUCGUCUGGUCGACACCUCACUGCAGCACAUGUGUAUCUUCAGCGAUAAUGUGCUGGCCGUAUCUGCUGCUCUCAACUCCACUGUGCUCUCCUCCCACGACCCCUCGCGGCUGGUCUUCCACAUCGUCACCGACGCCACCUCCUUCCCUGCCUUCGUGGUGUGGUUCUCCAGUCACCCGCCAGGCUUGGCGUCGCUGGAGGUGCGGCAGGUGGAGGGCGAGAGCGGGUGGCUGAACGCGUCCUUUGCGCCCGUGCUCAGGCAGAUGCAGGACGCCCAUGCCAAGAGCUUCUACUUCUCUGCUGCAACUGCUGGCGAGGCUAGCGACCCCAUUAAGUUCCGCAACCCCAAGUACAUGUCGCUGCUCAACCACCUGCGCUUCUACCUGCCACUCCUCUUCCCCGCGCUGCACCGCAUCGUCUUCCUCGACGACGACGUCAUCGUGCAGAGGGACCUCUCUGCUCUGUUUUCCCUCGACAUGAACGGCGCUGUGAAUGGAGCAGUGGAGACGUGCAAGGGGUCGUUCCACCGCUUCCACCGCUACCUCAACUUCUCCGACACGCGGCUGAGAGGGCGGUUUGACCCCGAGGGAUGUGCGUGGGCGUAUGGCAUGAACCUGUUCGACCUUAAAGGGUGGCGGCGGGCCAAUGUGACUGCCACUUACCAUUACUGGCAGGAGCAGAACGUUGACCAUUCAUUAUGGAAGCUGGGAACGCUACCGCCAGGCUUGCUGGCCUUCAAUGGGCUUACACAUGCCAUCGAUCCAUCAUGGCAUGUCCUGGGGCUCGGUUACAAUCCCCACUUGGACAUGACAGCUAUUUCAAAGGCAGCGGUUAUACACUGGAAUGGAGAUAUGGCGGGAAGCAAUCCAAUGCCGGCGGACGAGGAGGAAUUUCACGACGCUAUCCACGCAAACGCCAUGCUCAACGCGGCGGAGGAUUUCAAGCCGUCCGAUUACAGCAACAUCAUUCGACGGUACUCGCACCUCGGCGCCACGCACCCGAGUAACCCGCUCGCUGUCGCGAAAGCCGGCGAGGACGAGAAAUCCGCCGGGGGGAAGACGCGAAGGUCGCUAUCCACGGGCGGAGGCGUGAAGAAGGGCAAGGGGUCAUCUGUGGCAUCGACGCUCGGGCGCGCGGCGGCGCGCGUCGGAAGGACGCUGGGCGCUAAGGGCGGGUCGCUCGCCAAGUCCAAGUCCGCCGUGGCGCCCAUUCAGUCCGAUGACGAGUCAUCCAAGGCCUCCGAACAGCCGUCGGUUCCCAUCGUGCUGCAACCCUUCAUGGGAUCGUACGGUUCAGAGAAGCAGUCAGAAGUGACGAAGCAGCUGCAGGAGGAGAAUCGACGGUUGCGGGAGAGGAUCGCGAUGCUGGAAGCCAUUCACGCGGAGGAGGCGGAGGAGGGCGACGACUUGGCGCGCCAUCGCGUGCGAAUGCUCAAGUCGUCAAACCUACAGCUCGAACACCAGCUGCUAGCCUCCGAGUCCGCGUCGCUGACAGCCAAGGCAAUUCGCAACGAGCUGCUGAGCGCAAUGGACCAUCUCCACCGCACCGUCGGCGCGCUGCACGUGCGCGCGGGGGAGGACGAGGCGGAAGGGGGAGAUCAGGCGGAAGGGGAACAGGCGGAAGCGGAAUCCGCGGCGGGCGCGGGCGCGGCGGAGAUGGGAAAUUCGCAGGCGGGAACGCUGGACCAGUCGCUGCUGCCAGCUGCCGCGAUCUUAUUGGACGACGCGCAGCACGCCGCGGCGCAGGAGGAGAAGGGGAGCGCAGGCGCAGCUGCCGCGGCGGUGGCGAAGGGGGUGAGCAAAGUCGGCGCGGCGCAGCAGCCGCUGACGCGGCGGAACUCGUUCGGGGGACGCGGCUCCGCCGCCCUCGCUUCCGCCGCCCGCCCCAGCACCCCCACGAGCCGCGGCACCUCGUCUUUCGCUAGUGGCUCGCCACGUGCCACGACCCCGCGCGCCACGUCCUCCGCCGGAAAAGGGAGCGCGUCGCCCACAGUGGGCGCACGGCGCGGUGGCGCGGCGGCGGGCGCGGCGGGGAAGGGGAAGACCGGUGGCGGAAGCUUCAAUGCGCGCGGGUGGGGAGUCGGGCCGGGGAAGCGGAACGGCGCAAACACUAAAACCGCGGAGAAAAAGACCGCCGCAUCCGGCGCCGCGAAUGACGGAGACGGCGGCAUGGAUUUGACCUCUGCGGGGAGCCGCAGCGCGAGCCUGAAAGACGGGCCGCUGGUGCUCGACCCCUCUAUAGUCACAUCCUCUGCUGUCUCCACCCCUAUGGGCACGCCGCGCGCGGGGAGCACUCCCGCGGGGAGCCCGUUCGGCGCGCCGCCGGCGGCGGCAGCCACUCCCGCGCCGACGCUUGGCAGCCUGCUGGCGGCGUCGGGCCAGGUGGCGAUCGCGAAGGAAAAGCUGGAGGAGCUGGCGAUGUGGAGCAAAGAAGCGCGCGAAAAGGUUUUGAUGCUGCUGCCCGCGCCGGGCGGAAAGAUCGGCGAGCUGCCCGCGGCGGGGGCGGAGAAGGCGGAGGGGGACGCGGAAGCAGCGGGGGGAGCGGGCGGAGCGGGCGGAGCGGAGAAGACGAGCAUGAAGGCGAUGGGCGCGCCGGAGCUACCGUGCGCGGGGAAUCGGUUCAUGGCGACGAACGAGGACGGCGACCCGGUCGCUGGCAUCGCGGCAAACCUCUGCCGCUCCAUCGAAGGGUCCGCACCGCUGCUGGAGUACGCGCGCGUGCACGAGUUGGAGGGGCGCCUGGCGGACCUCCACCCGCGCCUGCUGGCGCUCUCGUCGCUCCUCGAUCAUGUCGUCUUCCCCAGCCUGCCCGCCGAGACGUCCAGCGCAGUGCUGCAGGAGAUCCGCGUCGCCAUCGCUGACGUGUACGACGCCACGCGCGCGCUCUCCGAGCUGGCGGCGCUCGUGCCAGCUGGCGCGCAGCUAUUCGGCGUCGGCACCGGGGAGAGCCUGAUGCUGGCAGCAGCCGCAGCCAGGGCGGAGGAGGGAGGAGGAGGAGGGGGAGAGGGGGAGAUGAUGGAGCUGCUGACAGCAGGGCUUGCGGGGAUUGUGGGGGAGGGGGGAGGCUUUGGGGGCGGAGAGGCGGGGGAGGGGGCGCGGGGGGAGGUGCAGGCGCGGGUGGCGGAGGUGGUGGGGAGGUGCCGCAAGGUGGAGGCGCUGUGGCGUGCGGAGAUGUCUGGGCUGCAGGAGGAGAUGGGGUUCUACCGCGGCUGCCAUGCUGCCCAGGCAUCGCACGUGAAGCAGAUAGCGUCGGCUGCCAAGGACGCGCUGCAGACUGUGCUGGGAGACGCCCACGAGAUCGUCUCUGCUGCCGCCACCUCUAUCCAAAAGCGGCGAUUGCAGAUUCUGCUGGCCGUUACCGACUUUGAGAAUGAGCCCACACCCGAGAUGAUGCAGCAGCUCGCAGCCAAGGUCAAGGAGGAGGCAGGAACGCUGAGGCGCUUUGCGGAGUUGCUGCCGCAGGCGUUCUCAGCCGAGGCCAAGGUGGCCGAGGUGUUUGACCCGCUGGAACGCGAGUUCAAGGAGCGCAUGCAGGCUGUGUUUGAGACCCUCCAGGCUCGGCGAGCAGCGCUGGCUCGGCAGCGCAGUGAGCUGCACGGGCAGAUCAGCGGCCGGUUUGCAAACCAGUCUGGGCAGCAGGGCAAGGGCAAGCUCAUGCGGACAUGGCGGAUAAAGCUCCACCCGUCGGAGCGCCUCCUGCUCAAGGCUACCCACCACCUCCUGGCGGCUAUCCUCCACCUCCUCAGGGAUACCCGCCACCUCCUCAAGGUUACCCACCUCAGGGUUAUCCACCUCCGGGUUAUCCUCCCCAGGGAUAUCCUCCUCAGGGAUAUCCUCCACCUCCUCAGGGAUAUCCCCCACAGCCUGGAUAUCCGCCUCAGGGAUACCCGCCUCAGGGAUAUCCUCCGCAAGGCCACCACCCACCUCCCCCACAACAGACAGUUAUUGUGCAGAAGAGAGACGGUCCCGAUGGUGCUGAUUGCUGCGCUGCGCU